CCGCGAGAUUUCCCGAGAUCUGAGUCAACAUGGCGGAAGGAGAGACCCUGGAAUCCUGGCUCAAUAAAGCCACUAAUCCUGCAAAUCGACAAGAGGAUUGGGAGUACAUCAUCGGCUUCUGUGACCAGGUCAACAAGGAGCUGGAAGGACCACAGAUUGCUGUCAGGCUGCUGGCUCAUAAAAUCCAGUCUCCUCAGGAGUGGGAGGCGGUGCAAACCCUUACAGUGUUAGAAGCUUGUAUGAAGAACUGUGGGCGGAGGUUUCACAAUGAAGUAGGAAAAUUCCGAUUCCUGAAUGAAUUAAUCAAAGUGGUUUCUCCGAAGUAUUUAGGAGACAGAGUAUCCGAAAAGGUCAAAGCAAAAGUAAUUGAAUUGCUGUAUAGCUGGACAGUCGCUCUCCCGGAGGAAAUCAAAAUCAAAGACGCCUACCAGAUGUUAAAGAAACAAGGUAUUUUGCAACAUGAUCCUCAGAUCCCAGUUGAUAAGACCCUGAUUCCCUCACCCCCAACUCGCCCUAAAAACGCAGUAUUUGAAGACAAUGAAAAAUCUAAGCUGUUAGCCAGAUUACUGAAGAGCAAAAACCCAGAGGACCUACAAGAAGCCAACAAACUCAUUAAGAAUAUGGUGAAAGAGGAUGAAGCCCGAAUGCAGAAAAUAACAAAGCGUUUGAACACUCUGGAGGAAGUGAACAAUAAUGUGCGUCUGUUGAAUGAAAUGUUGGCUCAUUACAGCAAGGAGGAGUCGACAGAAGGGGACAAAGAGCUGAUGACGGAGUUGUACGAGCGUUGUGAGAAGAUGAGACGGACAUUGUUCAAACUUGCAAGUGAAACCGAGGACAAUGACAACAGCUUGGGUGAGAUUUUACGAGCGAGCGAUGACCUUUCACGUGCAAUAAACUCCUACAAAAAGAUAGUUCAAGGACAGGCUGUAAAUGGGGAGCUGGACCUACCUGAACUUCCAAAGCCAUCAGUCAGCAGUGGAGCCAGUAACACAGAGACAUUGAUCGACUUGGCAGGGUUGGAUGUCCCAUCAGCAAAGGCUAAUCCCACUGCAGCACCAGUAUUCCCCAUCAUCCCUCCUCCUCCACACAUCUCCAAUGAUCUCAGCUCCCGAUCAGCCAGCCUGUCAAAUGUGAUCAAGCCACCUCCGAGUUCGGUUGGACUGCUGGAUGUGGAGCUGCUUUCUCUGGGACUGAAUGAUCCUCCAUUGAGCUCCGAGAUUGACAAAGACUCCAGAGGAUCUCUGUGGAACGGUUUUCAGGUUGAAACCGCUGCUCUUAACCCCUUCGCUGGGCCACCAGCUGCCGAUGGGCAGGUUCCCUCAAUGACUCUUCUGGUGCAGUCGGUCCCUUGGACAUUAAACCAGCCCUCAGCUCAGUCUCUCCUGUCAUUCCCAGGGCUUUCCCUGGCUCCACACACACCGACCAUUCCUCUGCUAUUGAAUGCAGCCUCCACCAUUUCCAGCAUGUCUCAGUCUAACUCAGCCUCGGCGGUCCAGCCACCUCUCCAUGUCUCCAGGAUUCCAGGUGCCCCGGUCCAUUCCGAUUCCUGCACCCAGCCGGCACUCAGCAGCAGCAUGUGUGAGCUGGAUGUGCUUGGUCAGAAGGUUCUAGAAGAGGUCAAAGGUGCUUCUGGUGUGAUGGGCAUUGUCUCUGGGUUACCAGCGGGCAGUGGGUACAGUACCCCCUCUGCAGCACCCGGCAGCCCCCUAUUCCGCUCACUCUCCCCUCAGCCAUCCAGUCCCCUUCGAAGUGUUAUUCCAGACAUGUCGCUUAGCAAUGUGACAGUUCCUCUGGAAACGAUUAAACCAAGUAGUAUUCUCCCUGUGACUGCAUAUGACAAGAAUGGUUUUAGGAUCCUGCUGCACUUUGCGAAGGACUGCCCUCCCACAAGGCUGGACGUGCUUGUGAUUGUCAUCUCCAUGAUCAGCACCUCACCCCUGCCCAUUACUAACGUGGUACUGCAGGCAGCUGUACCCAAGACAAUGAAAGUGAAGUUACAGCCUCCGUCGGGGACUGAACUGGCUCCAUUCAAUCCUGUCCUGCCUCCAGCCUCCAUCACUCAAGUCAUGUUACUGGCAAACCCUCUGAAGGAGAAAGUCAGAUUGAGAUACAAGCUGACUUUUACAAUGGGACAGCAGACAUGCUCGGAGAUGGCGGAGGUGGACCAGUUCCCCCCAGCUGAGAAAUGGGGAUAUCUCUGACCCUCCACUGUCAGUCACAGCCUCGAGUACACCAACUGCCUCCACUCGGGUCGCCAGACUGAAGCACUGUGCGGUCUGUCUGUGUCUGGAAUGGAUGAAGGAACAAGCUGCAAGGUGGGGUCGAGGCUGGUGUCUGCAGCAGGGCUCAGAAUCUGGCCUCUGAUUUUGCGGGUUUUUUUUUCACAGUUGAAGGGGGCUACACCCUGUACUCAAAACCAACUCCAAAACCAUUAUCAGAGGCUCCUUGCAUCAACAUUGCUUUUGUGAAAGGAUUAAUUAGUGUUGAAAUGAUCAGCCAGAAAUUUCAUUGAGUGACUGGUUGAAUUGUCCAGCCCAGCUUAACUCUUGGCUCUGGUUGAGUUUGCUGAACACUGAUGGGUUCCCAGUUAUAAUCCUCAUGCAGCCCAGGUUCCUUUUGCUGAUCUCCACCCAGUGACUCUUGCUGCAAGUGUCCAGGCACCAGAUGAGGACAGGGGUAGGACUUUGCUGUUGGGAGGCCAAUGAAGAUAAGCAGAACCCACGUCACAGUGAAAUAAAAUCAAAAAAUGCUCGGAACACUGCAGGUCAGACAGCAUCUGUGGCGAGAGAAACACACAUUUUGGGUUGAUAAGGUUGCAUGAAAGCAAGAAAAAGUUCUAGAUGUGAGCGUUUUUAAACUAGUUAAGAAGCAGGGAAAAGAGGAGAAAAGAGCAAAGGGAAGGUCUGUGAUAGGGUGGAGGGCAGGAAAGAUUAAAUGACAAAGGGAUGGUGGUGCAAGGCCAAAGGAGGGGGCGAUGGGACAAGCAAAGAAAAAGAAUCAGCACCAACAGCUGCUCCUGGAAAAAUGGGUUAUGAUCUGAAAUUGUUGAAUGCAGUGUUGAAUCCAGAAAGCGAUAAAGUGCCUAAUCAAAAGAUAUGAGGUGCCGUUCCUCGAGCUUCCGCCGAACAUCAUUGGAACAGGAGGCUGAGGUCAAAGCCACACAGCUAAUUAAAAUGACUAGUACUCAGGAGGUCAGGGUCACACUUGCAGACUGAGCAAUGGUGUUCCACAGAGCAAUCAAGCCUGCAUUCAAUCUCCCCAAUGUAGAGGGGGCUGCAGUGUUGUCAGUGAGAAGUCCAAACUGCACAAGGAGCAAACAUUGACAAUGAAGAGAAACAACUCAGCAGAGCUGGUAUAGUUCUGGACCUGGAAUAGAGAUGUGGGAUUGCACCAGUGUUCUUCAUCACUCUGAGCAGGAGCUGAUACUGGCCAGGGAUUGGGAAAGGAAUGUGUCAACUUAAACCGCUUGUUCAAACCAUUCCUAUUACACCAUCACUCUCCUCCUAUAGAGGGAAUAUCACCUCUGAUCUUUACUCUCCUUCCUGUUUUUAUUGCUGAUGUUCCAAUGGCUUCAUCUGAAUGUUGAUGAACUCUCUGCAGUUUGUUCACCAUCAUAGUCCAUUGGUGACCCUUAAACAUUUCAAAAGUCAUCUUCCUUCAGUGGAUAUCACUAAAUAAAGCUUUCAUUUAAUUUUGACCUUUACCCUUUGUUUCUCCAUGAUUGGCAAUUGGGUCUAUACAAUGAACAUCCAGCUGUGUUUAGCUGUUGCUUUAAGGAGGAGGGUCUGCCACCCCCAUCUCCCCC